ACUAGCUGCUUUGUUGUGCAGAUAGAAUAUCGUGAACGGUAGCGGUAUAUUUUUUAUGUCAUAUGUAGGUGCAGUAACUACAUUAUCUGUGUAAAUAUACCCAAACAGCGGCAUUUUAAGGUAGGGCUUUAGGAAAUUUAUUCUGAAUACGAGAUUAGUAGGUAACUAUAACCCGGUCUACCUAGCCAGACAACAACGUGCUUUCAGUUUUCGUCUCAGAAAGACCACAGUUAGUUAUAAGAAAUACAUCUAUUUUUCUCUGAAGCUGUGAGCUCCCAGACGACACAUUGACGACCGCCGUGCAAGAAACGAAGACUGCUGGGGAGAUGGCGAGUUCUGUGGGAAACGUGGCAGACAGUACAGAACCAACAAAACGUAUGCUUUCCUUCCAAGGGUUGGCUGAGCUUGCACACCGGGAGUAUCAGUCAGGAGAUUUUGAGGCGGCCGAGCGCCACUGCAUGCAGCUGUGGAGGCAGGAGCCUGAUAAUACUGGAGUGUUAUUGCUGCUGUCCUCCAUUCACUUCCAGUGCAGAAGACUUGACAGGUCUGCUCACUUCAGUACUUUGGCCAUCAAGCAGAAUCCAAUGCUUGCAGAGGCUUACUCCAACCUGGGAAACGUGUACAAGGAGCGUGGUCAGUUGCAGGAGGCCAUCGAGCAUUAUCGCCACGCACUGAGGCUGAAGCCGGACUUCAUUGACGGGUACAUCAACUUGGCAGCAGCUCUGGUGGCUGCAGGAGACAUGGAGGGAGCAGUCCAAGCUUAUGUGUCUGCUUUACAAUACAACCCAGAUCUCUAUUGUGUACGUAGCGAUUUGGGCAACUUGCUCAAAGCCCUGGGACGUUUGGAAGAGGCUAAGGCUUGUUACCUGAAAGCCAUUGAGACUCAGCCCAACUUUGCUGUCGCUUGGAGCAACCUCGGUUGUGUGUUCAAUGCCCAGGGGGAAAUAUGGCUCGCUAUACACCACUUUGAAAAGGCAGUCACAUUGGACCCAAAUUUCCUGGAUGCUUAUAUCAAUUUAGGAAAUGUUUUGAAAGAAGCUCGCAUCUUUGACAGAGCUGUUGCUGGAUACCUGCGAGCUCUGAGUCUAAGCCCCAACCAUGCAGUGGUUCACGGGAACCUGGCCUGCGUUUACUAUGAACAGGGACUCAUCGACCUGGCCAUCGACACCUACCGGCGGGCCAUUGAACUGCAGCCCCACUUCCCAGAUGCCUACUGUAAUCUGGCAAACGCAUUGAAGGAGAAAGGAAAUGUGUCUGAAGCAGAAGAGUGCUACAACACAGCCUUACGUUUGUGUCCCACUCACGCCGAUUCCCUGAACAACUUGGCAAACAUCAAACGUGAACAGGGCAACAUUGAGGAGGCAGUCCAGCUCUACAGAAAGGCUCUGGAGGUAUUCCCAGAGUUUGCAGCAGCUCAUUCUAACCUGGCCAGUGUCCUGCAGCAGCAGGGCAAACUUCAGGAGGCUCUCAUGCACUACAAGGAGGCAAUCAGAAUCAGCCCCACAUUCGCUGAUGCCUAUUCCAACAUGGGAAACACUCUGAAGGAAAUGCAAGAUGUCCAGGGAGCUCUGCAGUGCUACACUCGUGCCAUCCAGAUCAAUCCAGCCUUCGCUGAUGCUCACAGUAACCUGGCCUCUAUCCAUAAGGAUUCUGGAAACAUCCCAGAGGCCAUUGCAUCCUAUCGCACCGCCUUGAAACUCAAGCCAGAUUUUCCUGAUGCUUACUGUAACUUGGCACAUUGCCUACAGAUUGUUUGCGACUGGACAGACUAUGACGAACGGAUGAAGAAGCUGGUUAGCAUCGUGGCUGACCAGCUGGACAAGAACCGCUUGCCCUCGGUGCACCCGCACCACAGCAUGCUCUACCCACUCUCCCACAACUUCCGCAAGGCAAUUGCCGAGCGCCAUGGAAACCUUUGCCUGGACAAGGUACACGCACUGAUGAAAAUUAACGCACUGCACAAACCUGCUUACGAGCAUCCCAAGGAUUUGAAAGCCAGUGGUGGACGUCUGCGCAUCGGCUAUGUCAGCUCCGACUUCGGAAACCACCCCACGUCUCACCUGAUGCAGUCCAUCCCAGGAAUGCACAAUCCAGAGAAGUUUGAGGUGUUCUGCUAUGCGCUCAGUCCUGACGAUAGUACAAACUUCCGUGUAAAGGUUGUGGCAGAAGCCCAUCACUUCACAGAUCUCUCCCAGAUACCUUGUAAUGGCAAAGCAGCUGAUCGCAUUCACCAGGAUGGAAUCAACAUUCUGGUCAACAUGAACGGAUACACCAAAGGAGCUAGAAAUGAACUGUUUGCCCUUCGCCCUGCUCCCAUUCAGGCCAUGUGGCUCGGCUACCCCGGAACCAGUGGGGCUCCGUUCAUGGACUACAUCAUAACCGACAAGGAGACGUCUCCCAUGGAAGUCGCUGAGCAGUACUCUGAGAAGCUCGCCUACAUGCCCAACACUUUCUUCAUUGGAGAUCAUGCCAACAUGUUUCCCCACCUCAAGAAAAAGGCAGUGAUUGAUUUCAAAUCAAACGGUCACAUCUUUGACAACCGCAUUGUUCUCAAUGGCAUUGAUCUGAAGGCCUUCCUGGACAGUCUGCCCGACGUCAAAGUCAUUAAAAUGAAAUGUGACAACAACCAGGAAUCAGCUGGUGACUCGAAUGGAGCUCUGUCCAUGCCUGUAAUUCCCAUGAACACAGCUGCAGAGGCCAUCAUUAACAUGAUCAAUCAAGGCCAGAUCCAGGUCACGAUCAAUAACUUCACUGUCAGCAAUGGGCUGGCCACCACACAGGUAAUCAACAACAAAGCUGCCACCGGGGAGGAGGUGCCACGCACCAUUGUGGUGACGACUCGCUCCCAGUAUGGCCUGCCGGAGGACUCCAUCGUUUACUGCAACUUCAACCAGCUCUACAAGAUUGACCCGCCUACUCUGCAGAUGUGGGCCAAUAUCCUGAAACGAGUGUCCAACAGUGUGCUGUGGCUCCUUCGCUUCCCUGCUGUCGGGGAGCCAAACAUUCAGCAGUACGCUCAGAACUUGGGCCUCCCCGCCUCUCGCAUCAUUUUCUCCCCAGUGGCUCCUAAGGAGGAGCACGUGAGGAGAGGCCAGCUCGCUGACGUGUGCCUCGACACGCCGCUGUGCAACGGUCACACGACAGGCAUGGAUGUUCUCUGGGCUGGAACUCCCAUGGUAACCAUGCCAGGCGAGACCCUGGCUUCCCGUGUAGCCGCUUCUCAGCUCCAGUGUCUGGGCUGCCCUGAGCUAAUAGCACAAAACCGCCAGGACUAUGAGGAAAUAGCAGUCAAGCUGGGAUCUGACAUGGAGUACCUAAAGAUGAUCAGAGCACGUGUGUGGAAGCAUCGAAUCUGCAGUCCCCUCUUCAACACCAAGCAGUACACAAUUGACCUGGAAAAGCUCUACCAGCUGAUGUGGGAGCACCACAGCAAUGGCAACAAACCAGACCACCUGGUCAAACUGCAGCCGGCUGAGGCCAGUGAGAGCGCCUGAACGACCAUACUCCUCCUGCAUCCCAUCUGAACUGUUUGGAGAGGGCGGGCUUUAGUCUCCUCUGUGAAUGACUGUCUUCAGCUCUCUCAUUCACUCCUACUUACGAACAGCCCGCACAUGCUCACAUUUGUCACCUG